AUGGCUGCUCCAAAGACAGACUUCCCCGCAGUCCGCGCCUGCAUCUUCGACAUGGACGGACUUCUCAUGAACUCCGAGGGCAUGGUCACUCUAUCCACAAACAAACUUCUAGAGAAGCAUGGAAGACCCGCAUUGACUCAGUCCAUCCAAGCCCACCUAAUAGGCAUCCAGGACUCAACCAACGGCGACGUAUUCCACAAUUAG